AUGGCUGCAAAGCCAAAUAUCAUGAUUCCCGCUGUGGUGUAUGCCAUGGUUUUCUUGUUCGGCAGCGUUCUGAUCACCGUGGAAGUACUUCAACUAUUGCAGGAGAAGUUUGGUUUGAAUGCCGAGAAACUCGGCCUCCAGUUCCUAGGCGUGAUAAUUGGUACUGUCUUGGGUGAGCAGAUCGGUGGAUCUGCCUCAGACUACUGGAUGAAUCGGCGGGCACGACGCACGCAAGAAACUCCAGAACCCGAAUUCCGACUCUGGCUCAGCUACCCUGGGAUCAUUCUCACCAUUGUCGGAGUUGUAAUCUUCCUCGUUUGCACGCAGGAAGCCGAUGAAGGACACUGGGUUGUGGCGCCGAUUAUAGGCACCGCGGUUGCUGCGUUUGGUAAUCAGCUGGUAACGACAGUCAUGGUGACAUAUGCUGUCGAUUGCUGCCCGCAAGAUGCAGGCAGUGUGGGCGUGUUUAUCACAUUUGUCCGACAGAUGUGGGGAUUUAUCGGGCCUUUUUGGUUCCCUGAUAUGUUUGACAAUGUUGGCGUUGCUGCUAGCUCGGGCAUUACAAGUGCUCUCAUGUUUGUCUUUAGUUUUUUGUUUGCCAUCGUAGUCCAUGAUUGUUCGAUCAAUAUGUGUUCAUCUGCCGCGCAAGAUGGGCAAUUCAAGCCCUAUGAUCAAUUCAUUAUCUUCGGCGAUUCCAUCACUGAAAUGUCGAGUAUCCAAGAUACUGGCUUUGGGUUAAAUGGCGCGUUGCAAGAUGCGUACCGUCGGCGCCUCGAUGUCAUCAAUCGUGGAUUUAGUGGAUACACAACAGCCCACGCCAUCAAUGUCUUCCCUAAAUUCUUUCCCACACCCCAGCAAGCCACUGUUAGAUUCAUGGCGAUAUUCUUCGGUGCCAAUGACGCCUGUCUGCCCGGCACCACGCAACACGUCCCCCUGGCAGAAUACAAGCAGAACCUGAAAAGUAUUAUCCAGCACGAGGCAACAGUUGCCCAAGAAACCAAGAUUCUACUCCUUACCCCAACACCUGUGAACGAGUAUCAGCUGCAGGGUUUCGACGAGGGUAAAGGAAACGUCCAUCCAAGUCGAACCGCCAAUUUCACGAAAACGUAUGCGGACGCGGCCCGCGAAGUCGCGGCCUCGACCGGAGCGGUGGUCGCCGAUGUUUGGAUGGCGUUUGUUUCCGCUGCGGGAUGGAAGGAGGGUCAGCCGCUGCCCGGAUCAAGGGACUUGCCUGAGAUUGACGCUUUCAAAGCGCUGUUUACGGAUGGACUACAUUUGACUGCGGACGGGUACCGGGUGGUCUAUGAUGUUAUUAUGAAGGCCAUUAGGGAAAACUGGCCGGACCAGGACCCCGAGCAGCUUCCUCUCAUUCAUCCCGGGUGGAUGGAGGCUCCGAAAUGA